AUGCUCUCCCCGGAGCGCCACCGCCACCCCCGGCACCCGCCGCCGCCGCAGCCGCCGCCGCCGCCGCACCUCCCGCCGCAGCCCAACCAUGUCGUGGCCACCAUCGAGAACCUGCCGGCCGAGGGCGGUGGCGCCAGGAGCGGCAUCUCCGCGCCCUCCAACGGCGUGCGCCAGCGGAUCAGGAAAGUGCUGAACAGGGAUCUCUUGCUGUCUGUGGCUCUUGGCCAGGUACUCUCGCUCCUUAUCUGUGGCAUUGGACUCACAAGCAAGUAUUUGUCAGAAGAUUUCCAUGCCAACACACCUGUUUUUCAGAGCUUCCUCAAUUAUAUCCUUCUAUUCUUGGUCUACACAACAACACUAGCAGUCAGACAAGGAGAAGAAAACUUGCUGGCAAUUUUGAAAAGAAGAUGGUGGAAGUACAUGAUCUUGGGGAUAGUGGAUAUAGAAGCCAAUUACCUGGUAGUAAAAGCUUAUCAAUACACCACUCUUACUAGUGUACAGCUCCUAGAUUGUUUUGUCAUCCCAGUGGUGAUACUGCUCUCCUGGUUCUUCUUGCUGGUACGAUACAAGGCAGUACAUUUCAUUGGGAUCGUGGUCUGCAUUCUGGGCAUGGGCUGCAUGGCAGGAGCAGAUGUCCUCGUUGGGAGACAGCAAGGAGCAGGUGAAAAUAAACUGAUAGGGGAUCUCCUAGUAUUGGGUGGAGCAACACUGUACGGCAUCUCAAACGUUUGUGAAGAGUAUAUUGUCCGAAAUCUGAGUCGGGUGGAGUUCCUGGGCAUGAUCGGACUCUUUGGCUCCUUCUUCAGUGGAAUCCAGCUUGCAAUCAUGGAACACAAAGAGCUGUUGAAGGUUCCCUGGGACUGGCAAAUAGGCUUGUUGUAUGUCGGCUUUAGUGCCUGUAUGUUUGGCCUCUACAGCUUUAUGCCAGUGGUCAUAAAGAAGACCAGUGCUACUGCUGUCAACCUCUCCCUACUCACAGCUGACCUAUACAGCCUUUUCUGUGGAUUAUUCCUCUUCCACUACAAGUUUUCAGGACUUUACUUGCUAUCGUUCUUCACCAUCCUCGUUGGGCUAGUGCUUUACUCCUCCACAUCCACUUACGUAGCCCAAGAUCCUCGGGUGUACAAGCAGUUUCGAAACCCUUCGGGACCUGUUGUAGACCUGCCAACCACUGGCCAGCUGGAGCCGUCGGUAACAUACACCAGCCUGGGGCAGGAGACAGAAGAGGAGCCUCACGUCAGAGUUGCUUAAGCCCAGGGUCAUUGGUCACCUGCUGAUGAUUCAGUGGAGCUCGUAUAUUCAUUAUCUCUGUAUUGUACAUAGAGAAAGGUAUUUACCAGGUGCAGUUACACUGGUGAGCUGCAAGGUAGCAAAUAAGGAAAGCUCAUAAAAGUGCAAAUUAGUUGUUCCAGGGUGUUCAUUGCAAGGAGAUUCCAUGUCCCUUGUUUAUGAUGUGAACAGCAUGUUUGCCAUACAAACUGCUGUAUCUGAAUCAGUCUUUCAAACUACCUAUGAAAGAUAUUCAAUAUAGAAGCUGAAAUUACAAGAAGAAAUUCAUGGAAGCGGGUAUUUGCAUCCACUGAGAGAUAUUAUGCCUAAGCCACACCAGUUGUGGAAAAGAUAUCUUUUUACAGCAAAUACACUUGUGUAGUCACUGUUGAUUUCUCUCUAAGAUUUGUUUGUUUGCACAAAAUAGAUGGGUUACUCGUGGUAACAACACCCUGACACAUUUUUACUAGCACCUUGAAUUUGGUGAGGGAAAUACAAUAAAUUCAUCUGUGCUAUCUAGUUGCCCUUUCUAGGUAAUCUAUUCCAUGAAUCCAGAGGAGGGACAACUUACAAUAUCCGUCUCUAUUCUAGGAAUAGGUAUAAAGUGAGCAUUUUAGCCUUUCUAUAUUUGCAAGAAGUGAAGUACUCUAGCAUUGACCUCUCUAUGAUCCAUGGCAGAUUUCCUAGCAGCUGAGGUUCUGCAUCAGGUGAUAGGGAGUUAAUUUCUCUGUAGUUGUGACUAACACAGAUUUCUUACUUUUAAAAUUUUAAUCUGUUAAAGAAAAAUGCAUUUUCUAGUUUCCUAUGUAUUGUACCUCUCUAUGGUAAGAUGACAUAUCAUGUGGAUCAGGGCACUUAUUUUAGAUACUCGGUGCAUCGAGGGCGCCUUCUCUUGUUCCAGUGUGCUUAGUCUCCUGUGGUUCAUUGUUCUAACAAUAGCUGUGUAGAAAUUCGUCAGUUUUUCACCAAAACCCACAAAUUGUAAAAAUUGGGAAGAUUAUGCGAGGAAUUCAUGAAUAGGAACACUGGACCAUCUGCUGGUGUAGCACAAAAGCAUCCAUACCAGCAGGGUGAAGCCAAUUAUCUUUCGUUAACUACAAAACUAGCAGAAGAAUUCAGCAGUUUUCUUACAUUCCUGGGAAUAUAUGAAAGCAGUUAAGGGUGUGCUCUGCAACUGCAAUUCUGCUCCAUGAGCCUUAUCAGAAGGGGGAAAAUCUUAGCUGCAGUCAUGAGAAUCCACUGUGUGUGCUCUUUUGAGAGCACAAUGAGAAGUAAUCACAAUUUCAAUAUCCAUCAUCUAUUUUUAAUUUAAAAAUAAGGAAAAGGAAAUGGUAUAAUGCCAAACAGAUAGGAAAGAAAUCCAGGAGAGCUUGGUUUUAUUCGCAGAUUUGCCACAUCUCUGCAUCAUCUUGGGCAUGACUUACCUUCUGUGUGGCUGCAUUUCCCAAUCUCUAUGUAAGGGAAUAGUUAUAUUUUACCUACCUCACAGGGGUGCUAUGGGACCAAGUAAAAGUGUAUUUAUUCAUCGUAUUUGAACAUGGGGUUUACAGCUGGGCUGAUGAAUAUUUUGCUUGUGGGCAUAAAAGGUGAAUUUGAUUUGAAUGGCAUUCUGCUGAGGAAGUCUAUCUAAAGUGCAAAUGUAGGUCUUCAUACUUGAAAAAUACAGCUUUCCUAUUUCUAUUCUAAAAAAGAAUAAAAGAGAACAGAAAGCCUGUACUCUGGAGAUUAGAAAGGCCACAGGUCAACCAAAGAGGAUGAAUUUCUGCUGAGGUAACUUCCAUCUUUUAUAGUCCCGUUCUGCUUUAGGAUUGAAAAGACUUCCCUGAAGCAGACUGGGAGAAAUAUCUAUCCAAAUAUACGUGAAGUGACAAAUGCCAAAAUGCUGCUGAACAGCAGACAUAUGUUUUCUCUUACUUGUGUUGUGGCUGAGGAGAAGAGGCGAUUUCUGUCCCAUCGUGUUUAGGCUGUCUGCCAGUCUCCCGCUGCAGCUGAGGGAAGGGUCUGCAGUAUUGUCAAACCGUACUCAAAGCCAUUCUAAAACCUUCAGUUAAGAUUCUCUGAUUUUUUUAAAUCAAAAAGAAUGAGAUUUUUUUUUCCUGCCUUCUGUUUUUAAAUCAUCUUUAGCAUUCAUCUUUCCAAGCUUUUUCUCCUAAGCCUUUGAAGAAAAAAAAAAGAAAAGAAGAUUCCACAGAGAAAUAGAGUCCUUUUUCUGGGAAUGUGGAGGAAAGCUCAAAUGCUACAGGAUUCGAGGUUAAAAUGAACAAAAAAAUCGACCUCCCACACUCAAGAAUGAUCGCCUGGUGCUUCAGGUUAGCAGGGUGGAAGUCCAGGUGGAAAGCACGUGGUUCACUUGGCUGGAGCCCUUGUUUAGAGUGGGCCAGUGAGCAUCCUGGGUCCAACCCUGUCAGGUUUCAUACCUUCACAGGAGCAGUGGCUUUGGCCACAAACACCACAACACUGUCAAAUGCUCAGAGGCAACUGACAGGCACCUGUCAUCUCAGUCUUUUUGCUACCUUUUAUACCAAUUAAAUACCUUUCUCUGAAUGUUAGUCCCCAUGUUGAUCUUGAGAUCUUUGAGGAUGGUGUGUGUGUUUGUUCUAUGUUUACAAUUCCUUUGUUUUGCAUAACUGUUUUGGUUUAUUUCAUUAUUAGUAUUUAUUUUCAAGCCAAAUGUUUGUAGUCCUUCCACCUGUUUCUCUUCAAUUUUUCUGACACUAACUUGUAGAUGUUUGUUGGAGUCUUCUCAGAAAGAGCUGGGCAGAAGGCAUGUCCUGGGCACUUUGCUGGAUUGGGAGAUUUACACACAAGAGUUUACAAACCAUGGAUGUCUACGAUAUGCCAUCUAUAGUGAUUUUUAGAGGCUAUUUUUAAAAGCUCUGUCCUCUGGAAAUAAAGUGUGAAUGUCUGGGUAUACACUCGAUGCCCAGCCACCAUCCUCUGUGUUGUUUGCACAGGAGGAGUCCCAUGUGCAAAGUGGGUCUGCUUCACAUUCUGCAUCUCCCAUUAAAAAAGGUGGGAACUUCAAUUAGCACCAGUGUGCUAGUGCUGGAUGGACCUCUAAGGAAGACAGUAGUAUAGCUUUACAAGUAUUGACUGUGAAGCUGGGGUCUAGUAAAGGAAAACAUUACUUCUGCCUGCUUGUUUCCUGCAGUUCAAGACCUCAGAACACACCAGCAGAGGUUCAGCUAUCUAGCUGGCAGCUACUCUUCGUAGAUCCUUGCCUGAACAAACUGAAGCCCUGUUACACUGUUGGCGCUGAGCAGCCCUUAGCAAGACUGAUGUAAUUUUCUGCUACUGGAUGAAAACCUUUACUGGGAGACAAACCUUGUCCUUGUUCCAGCUAUAAACUUUCAAAACAACACAAUGAAAGACCAAGCAAUUGAAAAUUUUGCACCAUUGUGUCAUAUGAAAAAGUUUCAAUGUAUAGUGUAGAGAUUGCUAACUUGUGCUAUUAACAUUUUGACAAGCGUGUAGUAUUGUUUUCUUUUUUAAAAAACCAUUUAGUAUUCCUGAGCUAGCUAUGAAUAUAAAUUUUACCCCAUGGGUAGGAUUUUACUGUUGAACGCCGUAAUAAAGCACACUAAUCUUGACACUGCAGAUGGAAAUGUGAACCAAAACCAAAACCAAGCAAACAGAAUCCCAACCCCAAAUCCUGCAUAAAAAAAGCUGAACAAACCUUUCUUCAUUUUGAUAUUUGCAUGCUCCUAUAUGGACUGGCUGUGGCAAUGU